AUGUCUUCAUCGCUUGCAGUGCAGCUUGCUGGACUCCGCUCGCACAAUGCGACGCGGCUCUCAAGCAGCGGCUCGCUUACUGCAAGAGACUCGUACCUUUUUACGCCGCGCGUAGCUGCGGAACAAGAUCACGAAACGGUGCAUGCGCUCGGCGUCACCGGCUGGGAGCAGCUGCUAGACCAAGACCCCGUCCUAGCCGAUUGGCAGUAUGGGGAUUUGCUAUUUGGUGAUCGCAGCAUCAAGAUGGAUCGCACGACCAUGACCAAAGCGCAGAACCAGGAGCUCGACCGCGCUGCACGCGAGCUGCUCUACCUGUUGGGGCCUGUGCUUUUAUCGCGGAAUGCAGCCAAGUGUCUCGAGUGGCUCAUCCGGCGCUUUCGUAUACAGGAGUACGUACCGAAAGCCUUGCUUCGUGCAUUCCUGCCGUACCACGCGACGUCCCAGUUUGCGCGCAUCCUGCAGCUCCUUCCACUCGACGCAAUGCCCGAAUUCCACUUUCUUGUGCCGGUAAAGAAGGCCAACACGCCGCUCCCGACUUCGGUGCUUGUGCACGCACUUGGAAAUACGGACGUUUUACGCUUUGUCUCCGAUACGCGCGUUCCUCUGCGCGACGUUCCCCGUCGGCUCGCUGUCCGGUUCUGGGCCGCGACGCUGAUUCAGUUCUGCUUGCAGCACGCCGCAAAGAGCGCCAAGCCACGCCGGAAAGGCGGCGAUGUACAAGCAGUGCUGGCAAUUUUGCUGCCCGACGCGAUGCGCUUCGUCGAGAAGCCAGAGGAUACGGAGGCUGCGAUUGGCGCGCUCAUGGUUCUUUGCUCGAUCGGCACCGCCUUUCCACUGAGCUGUGCUGGCGUGCGAGGUGUCCUGGACGGGAUUGCGACGCUCAUGCGCCCUGAACUUUCUGCCGAGCUCACGCGCGCCGUUGUCGCAUGCUGCUUUGCGCUCUGUGCGAGUCCCGAGCACGUCCCCGACCCUCUCGCCGAGCAAGAACGCCAGCGCCUGGUAUCCGGGAGCACGCUACAAGCACUGCUACAGCUCCCUGAGCUCAGUGCACAAGUGCUGCGUGCACUGCAGGACCGCGACGUGGCGUGCUUCCUCGCGCAGCUGCUUGCGGGCCUUGUCGAGGCCGCGCCGCAUCCUCCCGCGCUUGCCCUGCUGCGUACGCUGCUCGACGACCCAGCGCUGCCCGAAGCGCUUGCCCAGCGGACGUGCGAGCGCCUGAUUACCAUGCACGCUGACGAGGUAUGGCACGCGCGGAUCGAGCUGCUUGCCAGUGUGCGCCAGCGCCGCGCGUCGGUGCUGGACGCUGCGCUCGCCAUCGUUCGUGCGGAGGACGAGCAGCGCGCAUGGUCGGCCUUGCGCGCUGUUUUAGAGUGCGAAGCCACCGGAACAGCACACGCGUGCGACGCACAAGACGCGCUGUGGCUCGGUGUGCAGAGCGCCGACGAGACGCAGAAGCUGCUUGCGCUGCGUGCGCUUUUUGCCGCGGUUACGCGCGGCGAGAUUCGCGCGCAGGACACGCUUGUGCGCGACGCGAUCCUUACUGCGCUUGCCGACGGUGCGUUGCCGGUGGUACAAGUGCUGUACGAGCACGCUGCUGUGCUUCUUGCUGCUGUCGCCCCCCUUGCUCUACUCGAUGCCAUUGCCGCGCGUCUGCACGCCGAGUCGCUUUCCGCCAAAGAGUACAAGCAGCAUGUGCGUUUCUGCACGGGCCCGCUCGCGGAAGCAAACGCCGCGCUCGGUGCGUCUAUCUGGCGCCGCAUUUUAUGGCCGUUCCUCCUCCCUGUCGGCAGUGCGAAACUCGUCGCGAUUGCAGCCGAUGCCGUUCCGCGCCUCGAUACGCUUCCUGUGCUUGCGAGCGCGCUUGCGAGCGCGCCAGCGCCCGGCGACGACCGUAUUGCAUUCCUUUCCUUUGUCGUGCGUGCGUACGUCGCGAUGGUCCGUGACGAGCCCGAGGCGCAACAGCUUGUCCAUGCGCAGUUCCUUUUGGACGAGCUCGACCGUGCGCCUGUCGCACGCAGCGGCGUCCUCGCUCUGCUUACACUCGCCGAGCUGCUCUCGACCAAGGAUGCACUCGCGCCGAGCGUCUGGAUCCCAACCGCGUACCGCGCCACCAUCCUUGUGUACGACCAUCAAUUACUCGCCGGGGACGUGAAGGAAGUUGUACUUGGCGACGCACUGAGCGCACAGCUCCUCACCCAAGUCCUGGACAAGCUCUCCCGCCGGAGUGUGCGCCUGCUUGGCGUGCAGCUGUACAGUGCCGUGCUGGAGCAAGUGCCGCUGGAGGACAGCGCGUCGCUGUUUAUUGCCGUGCAGCAGCGCGCGUCGGCGAAUGCACAGCUGCUCCUGCAUCUCUACCGGGCGCUGCAUGCACCGGGCGCUGGCACCGCCGCCGGACAGAUUCUUGCGCCGGCUCUGUUUGCAAGGCUUGGAGCCCAUGCAAUAGCUUUCCUUGCCGGUGUAUAUGCCUCAACGUCCAGCGCCGAGCCGCCGCAUCCGGCCACGACGCUUGACGAGGUGACCAGAGCGCUUACGCAACCCUACGUCUCUUUGCCCGACGUCCCGCUGCGCCUUUUGGCCUUGCGCCACGCGACGCAUCUUUUGCACGCGGCAGCGGCGCGGUGCGUCGCUUGGGACUUGCAAACGCUUUUUCCCACCCUGGUGCUUACCCUCCAAGACGCGACGCCAGUCCUGCGCGAUGCCGGUGCCGCGCUUUUGCGCGCAUGGCACGCCAUGCACCAAGCCGCGCCGCUUCCCGCAGCCGUGUACGGAUACGACACGGUGUACGGCACGGCGAGUGCGGCGCUGCAGUACGUAGAUGCACCGACGUUUAUGGAGUAUGUCGCACGUCUUGCAGCCGAUGCGGAAGCGUUUGUGAACGAUGCCGCGGCGCUUGCCGCGGCGCAUACCGCCAUGUUGGCCGGCACCAAAAAAGAUGCGGUGCUGUUUCGCAGCAAGAUCGUGUGCUACUUGCUGAGCCAUGCAGUGAGCUGGGAUGCGCUGGAUGCGCGGCUUGCGCUCCUUGGCGCUGUGCAGCAUGUACACGCUGCUGAAAAGAUGUCUACGGUGCUGCCCCUGCUGGAGGCGCUCAAGACAGAAGGCCACGCGGAUGCGCCGGGAGCCUACCUGGAUCUCUUGUUUGGUGUGUACGACGCGUCGAGCGUUGCGUACGUCGGCGAUGCUGCGUGGCGUCUCCUUCUAGACGCGCUCCGUGCCGAUGCACACAAGAGCGGCAUGCAGCAUGCGGCGCUGCAUGCAUUGCGCACGGGUUUCUUUGCCGCGCUGCCGCCCGCCAAGCGCCAACAAGUAUUCCUUGCGCUUGCCGAGACCAUUGCCGAUCCACGCACCGCCGCCGAUCCCGACGCAACCAAGCUCCUCCGCACCUUGCCCGUCUCGGACGCUGUGCUCGUUGCUGUGUUGCGCGCCUUGCUCUCUGCGCUGGACGAGCCCGAAGAGCACCAAGGCAAGCGCGUGCGUGGAGACGAGGAGGGCAUGCGCCGCGCCGCGGUGACGCUUGUCACGGUGCUUGAAAGCACGCAAGGACGCACGGUGGGCAUGGGCGCUGCGCUGGUUGCCGCGCUCUUUGACACGGUGCAAACUGCCAUGCGCCUGCACAGCUCUGUGCUCUUCAACGCCGAGUAUCUGCUGCAGCUUGCGAUGCAGACGCUGUGCGACCUGUUUGACCACGUCACAAGCCUUCCCCACGAUGUGGCCAAGGCGGUGCGGGCCGAUACCAUUGUCGCAGCGAUCAAAGUGUCUACCAACACGCAGACAAUCAACCACGCCAUUCUCCUGCUUACGCGCUUUGCGCGCCUCGAUGCCGAGCUCGUGCUGCACAAUAUCAUGCCGAUCUUUACUUUUGUCGGCCUCUCGAUUCUCCAGCGCGACGAUCGCUUCACGCUGUCGGUGGUCGAGCAGACGCUGCGCAGCAUCAUGCCUGCAUUUAUCAACUCCGUGCGCCCGCAGGUAGUGAAUGCGGGCGAUGCACAGCUCGCGCUUUGGUGCGAGACGCGCAGUCUGCUGCGCAUCUUUUCCGACGCCGCCUCGCACAUCCCGCGCCACCGCCGCCUCGUCUUUUUCCGGCUGCUCGUCGAGGUUUUGGGCGCAGACGACUUUCUUGCGCCGGUCGCCAUGCUUCUCGCGGCGCGCGCAGAGCACCGCGUUUGCAAGUCGUACGCAAAUGCAGCCAACUUGCUGCAGCUUCCGCUCGGCGUGCUCAAAACAGAGCGCCUCGCGGCACGCAUCGACGCGCUCAACCAGAUUUGGGCCGAAGUGGUGCGUUUGUACAGCGGUGCAGCGCACUGUUUCCUCGAGGCAGAGCCGAAGCGCGAGUACUCGGAGGAGCACAUGUCGCCUUCGCGCCAAGCACUCACGCUCCUUGCCCUCCUGCGCCACGCACUGCCCCCUGACGCCGACGCAAAAGCACUCGAAAGCGUCGCGCCUGGUCUCUUGCAGUUUGCAUGGUACUCACUCCUGGUGCAGCCUGCCGACGAGGGCGGCCAACAAGCGCUGGACGCUGUGCGUCACGCUGUGAUUUGCCUCCUGCCGCUGCCGCACUUUCUCCUGCUCGUGCGUGCGCUGCUGUGUGCACAGCGCACCGCACCGAAGCUGCACGGCGCCAUUCCCAGUGCUAUCCCCGACGCCACACUGCACGCCAUGGGCCUCGAUCUUCUGCAGACGCGCCAGAUGCGCGGCGCAGGCACCGAAGCAAUGGCCGCACUCAACGAGGCGCUCCUCCAGCUGUGGGAGACGCAGCACAACGACACGAUCGGCUCGCGCGCGCUCGCGGCACUGCACGCCAACAUCGCCGCGUCUGGCGCCGCCGAGCAGCCGAGCUUGCAGGCACUGAUUUCGCCGCUGCUGUUGCACGCAUCGUCGACCAAUGUGCUCGCCGUGCUCGCCGUGCUGGUCGCCCACCUCGGCGUGCGUGCUUUGGCGCAGCUCGGUGCAUUGGUCGCCGCUGCGAGCGCUGCGACAGAUACACAGCACAGCGCGACGCACGUCGCGGCAGGCCUUACGCUCUUCACCGCGCUCUUCCGUGCCCUGCCGCAGUUUAUGCACGGGCAUGUCCGGCGCGCGGUGCGUGCAUUGAGCGACGCGACGAUGCAGGCUAUGCUGCGCGCCAAAUCGCACUUGACCAUUCGCGCAGCGCACCGCCAUUUGCAGGACGCCAUUGUGAAGCGCAUGCCUGCGGCGACAUUGUUGGAUGCCGUGCAGCAGACAUGGCGCGAGUGGGCGGCCGAUGCGCAGCAUCAGCCCUCGCUCGUAUCCUUGCUGCAUAUCCUCCAGCAAGGCGUUAAGGAGAUGGACAAGGCCGCGGUGCAUGCGCAGUACAAACCUCUUUUCCGCUUCCUCUUGCACGCGCUUGAUUUGGGAGGCGCGCCGGCGGAGCGUGCCGUGCAUGUAUACGUGGCGCUCGCGCUCAAGCUCAGCGAAACGCAGUUCCGCCCGCUCUUCUUGCGCACGUAUGACUGGGCUGCCGUCGAUCUCUUGGAGGACGACGCGCCGGACGAGGGCGCUUUGCGCGCACGCCAGCUUGUGUUUUUCCAGGUGGUCAAUGCACUGCUCGAGCAGCUGCGUGGCAUGUUUGUCGCGUACUAUGGCGUCCUACUCGAUCUUGCGCAGGAAAGUUUGGGGUCAAGCGGUGCAGGGACGCCGCUGUGGCACGCUGUGCUUCGCAGUCUCCAGCUUGCUACCGAAUUUGACGAAGGCACGUUUUGGAAUUCGGCGCGCGCAAGUCGGCUCAUGACACCGCUGCUGGACCAGGUGCCGCUGAUUUCGCGCGAUGAUCAGCAUGCAUUGCAGGCUGUCGAGCGCGCUGUGAGGGGCUUGGCGGACGCCGUGCCCGACGAUGCGAAUCUUCGCGCGGUGAACGCGGCGCUGCUCAAGCACGCUGCAGCGCCCUCGGUCGAUGUGCGAAUGCACGCUAUGGAUAUUGCUGCUGCACUAUGGAGUGUGCAUGGCCUCAAUCUCCUCGCAUUCGUUCCUGAAACGGUCGCGGCAUUGACGGAGCUCUUGGAGGACAUUGAUCCGCGCUGUACCGCCGCGGCGCUGCGUCUGCGCACAGAGAUUGAAAAAGCACUCGGCGAGCCACUGGACUCGUACUUGGACGCCUUGGGCGUGCGAGGCCUCUUCCCCUACCUCCGCCGAGUCCAUCCGCGCACCUUCCAAAAGGUCACGCAGUACAAGCAGCUUGCGUACGCACGUGUUGCAGUGUACGUUUUUAUCAAUCUUGCUCAUCCUAGCGACGCGACGCUUCUCACCCAGAAACUCUUUUUCAGCGCGCCGGAAGAUAUGGGCGUGCACCUUGCUGGAUUCUUUCGUCUUGUGCGUGGCCUGCGCAGUGUACAUGCUACACCCAUUAUGGUGUUUGACAAUCUCACGAUGCGGCUUCCUCUGAAGUUUCGCGAGCAGCAGCGAAGAGUCGAGCGCAGGGCACUGGCUUCGCACCGACUCCACGUAGAGACAGUGCGACUGGAUCGUGUGCGUGCUUUACAGUGUGCCACAGCGCAGUUUGAGUGUUGCACACGCGAUGCACAGCAGCGUGUACACAAGGUGCUCAGCGCACUGCGCGCAGAGCACGCAGUGCCCAGUGCAGAAGCACACCAAGUGGUUCUUGCGCAGCAAUUCCAUGCACUGCACCGUGCUUAUACCCUCGGUCUGCCUGCAGAUACCUCUGCGCAGUAUACCCCGUCCUCGUCACAGCUCCAUGUUUCUGCCGUGGAAGGCUGCGUGCACGAUGCGCUAUUGCGGUGCAGCGUCUUGGACGACGGGCGGCUCCUUGUGUAUGGCGACGCACUUCAGGCCCUGGACGCGCCUCCGGACCCAAAACUAGCGCCGUGCACUGGCACGGCAGAGUGGCUGUAUGCACGGAGCGCGGAGCUGCACGCUACGUAUACACGUGGCGCGCGAACGAUGCGCGCGAGUUUGUACGACGAAUGCAUUGCGCUCUGUAAACUGCUGCACGUCCCCUACUUUAUCGUCGGUGAUGGCGCUGCUGGCGGCGAUGCGCUGCACGAGGCCGAGGCAUUUGCAAGCGCGCUCGUCCAGCAGGGAUUCGCCGACAUGGUCGCAAGCGAGGACAGUGAUGUGCUCUUGUACAAUGUGCCGCUUUUGCGUGGACUUGCAGGCACGGCCAGUGCCGCAGAGAUGGUCGAUCCACGCACGAUGCGCUCGGCACUUUUCCCGGGAGAUACCGAGGUCAUGCAGCAGGAAAAAAUGCUCCAGUUCGCACUGCUGUGCGGCACCGAUUUUAACGAGACGGUCCCUGGCAUCGGCAUUGUCGGCGCGCACAAACAUAUCGGGACGUUUGCUUCGGUAGAGCGCCUCUUGCUUGAAAAGGGGAACGCGUUUGCGCCGCCAAACGGCGUCUCGUUCGCUGCGUACAUGGAGCAAUUGCUUGCCGCUGCCAACGUAUUCCGCAAUCCGCCCGACGUCGCACUGCUUGCAGAGCGUGCAGGCUUGACGCAAGGCACGCCGUAUACCCCAGCGUUGAGGCCGCUCUGGUCGAAUUUCUUGCAAGUGUGCCCUUCGGUCCACACGCCGUACGCGACGUACGACGAGCGAAAAGCGUUUGCGUACCUCUCCGAGAACGGCGUACCGUGCGAGCGUCUCGGCACUGUAUAG